AUGCUUCUGAGCGCCUUAAAAACGAUUGAAAGUCAUAAAGUCGAUGUCUCAGUGAAAAACGGCAACACUCAAUCGCACUCUUCAAAGAGCAUUUCUGCUAAGUCAGGAAUGAGCGACCAUAUGUCGCAUUUUGCAAAUUUUGCCUCUGGAAAGAUCCAUCGUUCAUCUUGA